GAAAAUAGCUUUGUUUGCAUCUUUCCUUGCAUUCAACUUAAAUAACAAAAACAUGCAUUGUCAAAUGCUUUCCAAAAGGUAAGUGAGCAAGAACUGGCAUUGCGUGUAUGAACGGGCCUCUUUCCCAGCUGUGCCUCACCCCAAUUGUUGUUGCGAACGUUGCCACAGAGCAUGACUCAGUGCAGCGUUAGAGAAAAAGCAAAGAGGAAGCGAAACAUUUGGGCAGAAAGGUAGAACCAGGCUCCCAAAAUGACCUCAAGGCCCCUGAUUUCCACUCCAGGGCCCAUCUUCACGUCCAAGUUUUGACCACUUGGACACAGGAUGGAAAAAGCGACACUUGUAUGGAUGCUUUUCUCCCAGAAGAAGACUGGCAAGGACUGCCUAAGAGCACUCAGAGCAAGAGAGGUGGAUUUGGAGAUCUAGAUCUUUCCCGGUACAAGUUGGGAGUUUGCAAGGUUGAAAUAUCCUUGAAAUGGCGAGUGCCAAAAGUCGGACAGAUGCAGCCGAGGAACUGUCCUUCUCGGUCUCUUUCGCUCAAAGCCAAGCAGAGGACUCUUCCGGCUCCUGGAAGAAAAGGCUUCGCAAUGGCCAAGUGCUCCUGGUUCUCACAGCACACCAGGCCUGUUCCUCCAACCGGUUUGAUAUAAAUCUUUGGUCGGAUAAACUGAAGAACGUGGGAAUUGAGAUGACCAUUGACCAGUGGAAACAUUUAGUCCAAAGGGCAGUGCUGGAACCAGAAGUGAGAAGCUACUUAUUCUACAACUCCAGAGCAUUUGCGAUAGCCAUCGCUGUGAUUCUCUAUGUGACUCUCUGGGUCAAUCUGUAUUUCACACUGAAGGCAUUUUCUGUAGGACCUUCUUGGGGAACCAGCAUCAUGGCCACGGUGAUAGCCUUAGUAGUCGCUGUGGCUGUCAGACUCAUAAUCCAUCGAUGCCAAAGGAAGAUGAAUAUGAAUACUGACAUGAGACUGGCAGCUGCUAAUGAAAUUUUCAUGGAGCAGGAAUUCCUAGUGGGCUUCACAGAUCUUCAAGACAAGCAUCGCAACAUCCCACAGCUGUGGUUUGUCCAUUACAAGAUGGGACCCUGCCUGCAAUCCUUGGCAGAGACUGUGGCUACAAUGAAGAGGAACCAAGAGUCUACCCUGAAGCACAACUUGGACAAACUCUGCCUCGUCAUGGAGACCCCUGUUAUCCCCAUUUUGGAAAACAAACCAGAAAGGUCUUUGGAAGAGACCCCACUGUUGUCGGAGGGAAGGAAUAGCACCAGGGAGGUCCUUACAUUUCGGGAACCCCUGCGUCUGAUCCCUGAUGGAGCCCCAGAGGAGAUGGCACAGCAUCUGUUGGCAAUCUUCGGCAGCUACUACGUGAGGUUGCUGGUCAGUGGUCAGCUCCCAUGUGUCCCAUCAGGAUGGCAUGUAGAACUUGCCCAUGCUCCAUGCCUCUGCCAGUUCAUUGAGACCACAGUGCUGGGGAGGAAAUCUUGAAGUGAGAAAGGCCCAAGAAAAUCCUUUCCAGCUGGAUGGAUUACUCCAGACACAGAGCAUCAACUGACACCAAAAAAAGAGAGAGUCAGGAGAAUCUACAACCAGAGAAAGGCAGCGAUGGGUUAUGUUCUCCAUGUGCAAAAGCAAGGUUGCAGUUGAACAUUGAGAAAUCAAAAAUAAUAACCGCAGAUGAUUUGUAUAACUUCAAAGUGGAUGGUGAAGGCAUUGAAACAGUCAAGACCUUGGGUCAGCAAUAAAUCAAAAUGGAGACUGUAGUUGGGAAAUGUGAAGUAGACGUCAAUAUGGAAGACCGACUGUUAACGGGAAGGUCCUAAAGUGGAAAGAACAAUCAGUAGAUACCAAAGUCAGAAUCAUCCAUGUCACAAUAUUUCUAAUUUCUUUGCGUGUGUGUGAAAACCGGACAGUGAAGAAAGCUGACAGAAACAGAAUCUGCUCUGUUCUAUGGAUACCGUGAAUUGCCAAAAUGCUGAAUAAAUGGGUCCUUGAGCAAAGCAAGCCUGGACUCUCCCUAGAAAUCAAAAUGACUGUAGUGAGGCUAUUGUACUUUUACCAUAGCUUGGUAAAAUAUGGUAAAGGGGGAGGCAGUAGGAAGAAAGGAAGACCACAUUACAGGUGGAUAAGUCAAGGAGAGCCUGGUCCUGAGAGUGCCAUUCUUGAGAAGCGUGUCUUGGAGGACUCUCAUCCACAGCGUUGCCAUGAAUCGGAGCCAACGUAAUGGCAACUAGCAACAACAGUGAUAGAAGUGUCCUGCAGAAAUGUUUGAGAGACAUUCUAGCUUUUUUUAAAGGAGCAAUUGUAUCACUACACCAAACCAAGAGGGCAUGUGCAGCUCCACAACGUACAUGACUGGUGGAAACUGUCCAAGGUCCUGGACGGACAUAGUUUCUGCAAAGCCUUUGAAAACAGCUUUGCCUGAUCUUCCCCGAUUUGUUUAUUGUAAUGGACAAGCUUUUGUAUGCCAUGGGAAGUAAUGCAGGAAACUAUCUCACCGGAAUGGUGUGGGAUGAAACCAUUGGAUCCUCUCCAUUUGGCUUGGCUGUGUGUGUGUAAUCAAAGCAAUCCUUCCCAUUCAGACACAGAGAAUGUAAAGCAUUUUGAUUAGUCUCAACCAUUUCUGGGGUGGGCUGUGGAUAAGAACUGAUCCCAGUUGGGCUGGAAAUGGGUGUUGCAGAAACAACCUGCUCAACAUAGUGGGUGGUUUUGGUUUAGGAUUUGGGGAGCACCAAACUAUUAGUGGGGAUCUCUUGACUUGGACGAAAUGGGAGAAGCAAGCUGAGAAUCCUCUGAGGCUACAUUUGGGACCCUUUCGGACAAUUAUAGUGCUGUGAUUCCACUUUAACUACCAUGGUUCUGUUCUAUGGAACACCAGCAUUGGCUGUUUAGGGAUGAGCACACAGAAUUCUCAACCAGAGAGCUCUAGUUUCUUCCCAAACUACAAACCCCAAAUCUCCAGACGAUGAAGCCACGGCAGUUAAAGUUGAAUCCUUGUGCUAUAAUUGUAUCAAGUGCAAAGGUUCCAGUCCAACAUUUUAUCCAUAGACCACUUUAUCAUGUGAAAACUGACCUUUGGAACGUAGGAAGCUGUUGUAUAACACUGUUGUUUAUCGUUCAUU